CGUAUUCGAGUUUGAACACGAUGAAGGGCGACGAAUCCCGACAAUCACAAUCCUCGCCUGGACAUGGUGUAGAUAUGACUGCAACCACCACUUGUUCAAUUACAGAUACAGCAGAUUACAUUGGCAAGCUUCUGGAUGGAAGCGGUGCAUCUCAGUACGUCGAUUAUGCCGAUUUGGGUAACAAGCUGGAGAUUAUUCAGAAACCAAAUCGGUCCAGUCUUGCUAAUGAACCUGGAAAUAAUAUGGUUACAAGCAAGAGUGAUUCUCCAAUACAGCCGUUCAUUUUAAGAAAUUCUAUCACUGCUACACCAAAAACGGAAGUUUCUCAAAAUGCAGAUGUAUCUAAUCAAGGACUAAAGUCGGGCAUGGAUACUCUAUCUGCAGCCACAGAGUUUCUAACACAAGAAACCAAUGCGAUGAACACGCAGAAUGGAGUACUGAUUAAUCGACUGAUUGAGCCAAAUCGUCAGUUAUCGAGAUCUAAACAGCAGAGUAUGGCUGCUAAUGUUUUGGAUGACCAGUUGAAUGGCAGUGAGUCUGCCCCGGUUUCUAGACGCUCUAUACUACCAGAAAGUAUCAGCGUCACAAAACAAAUGGAUCAAUCUGCUCCUGCUCCACAAGAUCUGAAAAUUCAAACUAGUCGAGCAUCUACAACUAAAGGUGCGACUUGUUUUGAUGGCGAGAUAAACCCAGAGGCUGCAUCGGUAGUAAACAUGGAUGGUGGUGCUGUACCAUCAAAUUCCAAGCUUGACCAAAACACGGAUCAUCAAAAGGGAAUUCUAUCACAAACCUCUCAAAUUUCUUCACACGGCACCAAUACGGCCAAUCCCGUCCAGAGCAGCGGAGCAAUAGCCUCUUUGGUGGAUCUGUCUUCAUACAUGGUAGCACACGGACUCCCGCCAUUACCCAGAUCUCUUGAAACCGUGUCAUCUACAUCUUUGGCUAUUCCUGGAAUUUUGACAAAAGCACAGGGUGAAGAUUUGCGUGAACUUUUAAAGUGCAUUUCUGAUACGCUGGCUACCCAACAGUUUGAAUCAAAUUCUGGAAAUUCUGUUACCACACUUUGUGCACAGCUAAAUGAUUUGAAAGAAAGUAAUACACUUUUACGCAAUCAACUGGAUAAGACUCUGAAGCAGGCAUCUCAGAGUGCUCGGGAAGUUGAUGCACUUAAGUUUCAUAUACAAGAAAUGGAAAGACACGACGCAAUCAUCCAACAACGGGAUGCGCAAAUCUUGAAAGAUUUACAACGAAAGUACGGUCGUCACUAUCUACAGUCCGUAGCUAAAGGCGGACCAGCUGACGGACUUGAUAAUUUUGUGCUUGAAGUGAUUCGUGGCUAUGAAAGCAAAAUUGAAAAAAUGCUCAAAGUUGGUGGUGAGGCUACAUUAGGUGCCCAGCCUAUGCCAUCUCGACCCAUCUAUCAUCCGCCUGAUCAGUCUACUCUGCAUUCAUCGGAUCAUUGGAAUCCUAACAGACAUACGAAUACUACGUUCAACAAUUCCGAUAAAGAUAAAACAGAGGAUUUGAAGCAUCAAAUUUCUAAUUUGACAAAGCUUUUGAGUGCUGCCAAUAACGAAGUUGAAACUUUGAAACUGCAAGUAUUGAAUACUAAAAAGUUUAGUUGGAUGGAUGAAACCACUCAUAAUUCUGCUGAAAAAAAGUCGACGCGAGAAAUGAUUCGACGAGAUAAACUAUUUCGAAAGUCUAGACUUGCGCAUAUUGAGCAAUUGUCUGCUGAUCAAGCCCGCAGUCUUCUUAAUGAUGUAUGUGUUAAACUAUCUAUACGUCAAGUAGAGCAACUACCUUCUGGAAUUGAGCGAAUACAUGUUGUACUUUGCCUUAUUGGACAGAUGCAGUCUUUUAUUCGCGAGGUGGACGCAGCUGUUCGACUACAUACUACAGAUCCCAAUGACUCUCAAGAUCCAAAAAAACUCCCAGAAUUGCUUUCAGUGAUUCUUAAAUGGGGCGAAAACACUACAAGCGCAAAUGAUUUGACGUAUUUUAGUCAAGAGAUUCACAAAAUAUUAAACAUUCAGCAUCGAUAUGGAAGCGAUUCAUACUGCCUUGAAGAAAUUCGUCAAUUGGUUUACUCUAAUUCCAACAAUUCUCAAGGGAAAUUAAAUAAUAUGGGCGAUGCAGAGUCCAACCCAGCAUAUCAUUUUAAAAAUCUGUUUAAUGUUCCAACCAUGUCGGGGGUUCCAUCCAAAAUUAACGAGGUGUUUGUGUUUUGUUCAGAAGUUGGAACUCGUGUUGACCAAUUUCGCGCAAUUCUUAAACUGGAUAACCAUAUGCAGCCGGGAAUGGUACUUACACGAGCUGUAGAUACGUUAAAGGAAAUGAUGCAAAAACGUGCUCGAGACUCUACAACUACUCCUAAUAUACUUGGAGUGUUGCAUGACCAACGACCUGUUUCAUUUCAAAGAUCGUCUAAAUUACAAGAGCCAGACGAGUCGUUUAGUUUAUCUGUUUUGGAACCCAGCGAAGAAUUUGAAGUCGAUCCGUAUACUUCUGGUCAAUUUCAAGCUGCGAAUCCAGACCACUAUACAACUCUGUCACCUAGCAAAUCGCAUAGAGAUCACCAGCCUGUGGAUGAAGAUGGAAAAUGGCUCGAACCUCGUUCAUCUUUGAGCCCGGACGGAAACUAUUUGAUAAAUAACCAUAGAAUUUUGCCAGACUCUCAGAACAAUCAGCCUGUAUUGUCUUUUGCAGCGACGCCUCACACAGAUACGGGAGUAACUAGAUUGGGUCGGACUCCAAGACACGCAGACUCGCCCAUUGAUGGAUUAUCUCGACUUACCAUGUCAUCUCGCCGCUCUGCUGAUGCUUACUCUAAAAGACAAACUUUGCAACGUCUGAAAGAACUCAGAGAAUCUGGAAAUACUAGUUUAAGAGACUACGAGGUUGCGGGAACAGCCGACAUUUUUGAUGUUGUAACCGAAGAAGAGUACAAUACGUUAAGCAAGCGCACUCGAUUAGAAGACGAUUUUGUUGUUGAUGACAAUGGCGAAGGCUAUGCCAAUGGUGGCCUUGAAGAUUGGGACAACCCACAAUCUGGUCAAAGCUCUACCGAUGAAGACGGUGAUGCUAUCAAUACCAAAUUCAACAAAACAAAAUCAACAGGAAAAGGCGGUAACUCAGAAAAGCGUAAACGCGAUAAAAAAUCACUUGUAAAUCCAGCAACUGGAAGUGCCAGCAUUGUUAGCAUGCUUAGUAAACAAUCCAAGGCCAGUGAAAAAUCUGUUCAAAAGACGGGAGAUCAGACACUUGAAGAAUCUACUCAACUGCUUGAUUCAAUUUUGGAAAGUCUUGACGAUGUUGUUUCCACCCAAGAGGAGAAGCGUCGCCGUGUUCAUUCAACGACUAAUGAAUUUUCUGCCAAUACUUCCAUCGACAAUUUUUCUGGAUCUCUGUUUUCUAAAUUUCAACUCAAGGAAAGUUUAUUGACAAAAGCAUCAACGGUAGCUUCUAAAUCUUUUGACUCCGCAAUAGUGGGAGAUAGAGAAUACGCUCAAGACGGGCUUGAUAUCAUGAAUAAUGAUGAAAGUUCAGCAAAUAAUUCGCCUUCAAAUAGAGUUGGUGUUUACACAAACAACCAAAGUAUGGAUACUUUAGAUCUUGACAGCGCUAUGGAAGUAUCUACUCAAGCACCGUUAGCCACCAAGCCAGUCUCGGUAACUGAUGCAGAGACUGUCCAGAAAAGCUCACAAGUAAAGAUCCGGAAAUUGCAAAAAUCCUCAGCCAAUUCGAAAUCAGCAAAGUCUGCUGCACAUUUUCUUCCCAAGUUUGAACAAGUCGCUGUGGCUACUGCUGCAUCUCAACCCAGCGUCAUUUCAUCCACAGAAAUGGCUGGUUGUGUCAAUUGGAAGAACGUCAAGGAUACCGUGGCGAUCACCAAUGUUUCUUCAAAUGAAGAAAGUUCAUUCAUCAAAUCUAAUAUAGGUCAAAACGAUAUAUUAGAACCGGAUGGAUCCUUGAAAAUGUACUGGUUUGAUAGCUAUGAAAAACACGGAAUUGUGUAUUUGUUUGGAAAGGUAUAUCAACCGUUGACUCAACGCCAUGUAAGUUGCUGUCUGGUUGUCAAGAACAUUCAGCGCAAUUUGUUUGUGCUUCCUCGUCCAAUCAAACUUGACGAUUUGGGUAUACCAACCGAUACUGCUGUUACAAUGGCAGAUGUAUAUCAAGAAUUUGAUACCAUAAGGCAAAAGCACCAAAUUUCCGAAUUUUCUUCUCGCUCCGUUUCUAGAAAAUAUGCCUUUGAAUUACCCAAUAUACCAUCUGAAUCUGAUUAUCUUAAAGUAUUAUAUCCGUUUUCUGAGCCUGAGCUUCCAUCGGAUAUCUCUGGAAAAACAUUUAGCCGUGUAUUUGGAACUCGGACUCGUGCAAUGGAGCUACUGAUUCUUAAAAGAAAACUUAUGGGUCCGUGCUGGAUUUCCAUCAAAAAUGUCAAAGUUUCAACCCCCAUGGUUUCUUGGUGUAAAUUAGAAUUCAUCGCGGAUGACCCAAAAAGCAUCAGAGUCUUUAGUGACAGUGAUCCCGAUGCUCCCAAGCAAGCACCCCCUUUUGUCGUCAUGAGCUUAUCUCUAAGAACAUACAUGAAUCAUCAAAAAAAAGUCAAUGAAAUUGUUUCUGCCAGUGCACUUGUUUACAACCAUGUCAAUAUCGAAGGCGAUACUACCGAUGACAAUGCCGUUCGUUUAACGGUGGUUCGCCAGCUGAAUCAAAUUCCAAUUCCUGUCGAGUUUAUGGAAAUGGCAAAUCGACAGCGUACCAAACUUGUAGUGCUGCCAAACGAAAUGUCGUUGCUGAAUUAUCUUCUUGCCAAUAUUUAUCAGCUUGAUCCCGAUGUACUUGUUGGCCACAAUAUUGUUGACUUUGAUUUGGACGUGCUGCUUCAUCGAAUGAAGAUACAUAAAACUCAAAACUGGUCGCGGAUUGGUCGACUUCGUCGAACAGUGUGGCCCGUGAUGCAGACAGGGGCUGGAGGAACGGGCGAUUCGUCUUUUUCAGAGCGAGAAAUUGCGUCUGGUCGACUCAUGUGUGACACAUAUCGUACUGCAAAGGAUCUGAUUCAAUCCAAGAGCUACAGUCUGACCAGUCUUGCAGCAAGCCAGUUAAAAAUUGAGAGACCCAACAUUGAUUUUGACAAGAUCCCAUCAUAUUUUUGGAAUAGCGAAAAGCUGAUGGAGAUGGUACAGCAUUGCGAGUUUGAUACAUUUUUAACCUGCCAACUCAUGUUCAAACUACAAGUUCUUCCUCUUACCAAACAAUUAACCAAUCUGGCUGGUAACAUUUGGUCCAGGAGUCUGACUGGCGCACGCGCCGAGCGUAACGAGUAUCUACUCUUGCACGAGUUUCAUGAUAGAAAAUACAUUACUCCCGACAAGGUGUAUAGUAACCGUGUAGUGUCGAAUCAACUCGACGAAAAUGAUGCAGAGGGUACAGGUGCUGUUACCAAGAAAGGUGGCCGGCGUAAGGCUGCAUACGCUGGUGGACUCGUGCUGGAACCCAAAAAAGGCUUUUACGACAAAUACGUACUUAUGCUUGAUUUUAACAGUCUGUAUCCGUCAAUCAUUCAAGAGUACAACAUUUGCUUUACCACAAUAGCUCGCUCUUAUGACAAUAAUGGUGAUCACAUGCCUACUCCUCCCAAUUCCAGUGUUGAUCGUGGCAUUUUGCCCAAGCUUCUUGGUACACUGGUGAAUCGUCGUCAAUUGGUUAAAGGAUUGAUGAAGGAUCCCAAAAACACACCUGCAGAACUUGCACAAUAUGAUAUUCGACAAAAGGCACUCAAGCUAACUGCCAAUAGUAUGUAUGGCUGUCUUGGAUUUGUCAAUUUCCGUUUUUAUGCGGAACCUCUGGCUAUGUUGAUUACUUCCAAAGGCCGUGAGAUUCUACAAAACACGGUUGAUCUUGCUGAAAAGUCCAACCUUGAUGUGAUUUAUGGCGAUACUGAUUCCAUCAUGAUUUAUACCAACUCGACGGAUCUUGCAGAAGUCAAGCGUAUUGGCCAAGAGCUGAAACGUGCUGUCAACAAGCGUUACAAUCUUCUUGAAAUUGAACUCGAUGGGUUUUUUGAGCGCAUGCUACUUCUUAAAAAGAAAAAGUAUGCAGCAAUUUUAGUAGAGGAAAAAGAUGGUCAGUUGAAGAGAACGAUUGAAACAAAGGGAUUAGAUCUUGUGCGUCGUGAUUGGUGUGGCAUUAGUUUUGAUGCCUCCAACUAUGUCUUGCAACAGAUCUUUUCGGGUGAAACCCGAGAAGAGGCGGUUGAGCAAAUUCAUCAGUACUUGAACAAACUUGGUGUAGAGGUGCGAUCGGGAACUGUUCCACUUGAGAAAUUUAUUAUUAACAAGGGCUUAACUAAGAACCCAGAAGAGUAUUCAGACAAAAACAGUCUUCCUCAUGUUCAAGUAGCACUUGCUUUAAAAGCUCGGGGUGACUUUAAUUGGUAUUUGAGCAAUCAAGUGCAUCCACCCAUUACUCGAUUGUGUCAGCAUAUUGAGGGAACCGAUACUGCUCGUCUUGCUGAUUCUCUAGGUUUGGACAUGACAAAGUUUUCUUCAACUGCGCAAUCUCGAUCAUUUGAUGAUACAUCCGCGGCAGAUAUAUACACAUUUGAGUCGCAAAUCAGCGACGAAGAAAAGUUUAAAGAUAUCAAACGCUGGAGUCCUCGUUGCAUUCACUGUGGCGAAUCUUCUGAAUUCAAGGGUGCUGAUGGUACAGCUAUGAGUGGUUUGACAUGCGCAAAUCCCAUGUGUGGUCAAACAAUGCCAAUUCCUUCGUUGGCAGUGCAACUUCGUGUUGCCAUUUGUGCUCAGAUGAGGGUGUAUUUAGAUCAGAGUGUUGUAUGCGAUGAUCCUUCAUGUCUUAAUAUCACAAAAGCAACUUCUGUGUUUGGUAGAAGAUGUCUAGUUCCUGGUUGCAAAGGAACUGUGUUUUUUCAGUUAUCGGAUCGUACAUUAUAUCUCCAAAUGCAAUACUUUGAGAGUUUGUUUGAUAUUCCUCAUGUAACGAAAACACUCGAGAAGAGUGCUGAAAAUGACGAGAUUGCCAAUUUUGCCAGGAGUAUUUUAACGAGAACAAUUUCCGAUAUCAAGUAUCUUGGACAACUUGUAGAACAAUAUCUUUCUACUAAUGCACGCAGAUGGGUUGACUUGGGAAAACUAUUUUCAUUUCAUCAAGCAAUGUAA